AUGCCGAGAAAUGUGAUACGGUGGGAACAGCCACUUUGCGGAUGCUUUAGUGAUGUAUCAAGCUGCAUGAUAGUGUGCUUGAUAUGUCCAGGAGGAAGCUGUAUAUAUUUUAUUAGAAUAAUCUGAGCUUAAACAUAAAUUUAAAAAAAAUAUGAAUUAUUUGAGUUUUAAAAAUAUGGUUAAUUAAGAGAGUAUAUAUCAAGCUUUAACUGUUAGCAAGGCUACAGGAGACUCUUGCUAUCACGCUUUUUGCUGUUCGGUUUUAGCAUGCUGCAUCGGAGCGGCUAUAAAUAGAAAGAAAGUGAGAGAUCGAUAUUUAAUUGAUGGAUCGUGCGUGGGGGAUUGCAUUACGCACUUAUUUUGCGGCCCAUUAGCUGUGUGCCAAGAGCACAGAGAAGUGUAUAGCAGAGAAAGCAUGUAUCCAUGGAGAUAA